GCCAUUAGAGGCAGGGAAAGGUCGGUGUGCAGGGUGACAUAAUUUGACAUGGGUACACAUCCCUCUCCAUCACGAUUAUUUCGUUAAUUCAUUGCAAACUGUUGAGCCGUGUUUUUGUCAUGCUUCAUGCAAAGUAUAUUGAUGUUUGAGUGGAGUAGUGUUUACUGUGAGACGGAAGAUCAUGCAGUCGUGAAGGUCGUCACGAUCCUCAGACAUGAACAUAUAAUUUCGUGAUAAUAAAUUAUGGAGGGAAGAUUCACAUUGAUAGUGUUGACAACAUUUAGCUUGGAGUCGUCCUAACUGCAAACAAUACUGCAUAUGAAGCCUGAGUGCGUCAAAUAUACGAGGAAAUUGUAGAGAUUUGCUGUUGUCACAGAGUGAAGCAGUGUUGUCAACAUGAGCAAGGCUUGGCUGAUAGAGGAACCUGCUACACUCUGACUGAAUUCUAGGUAAUUAAGGUAUUGGAUGAGGAUUAACCUGCCGUGAUGAACCAGAGCCAGGUGUCAGAGUCCCUCAGGCAAUACCUGACAGUCAGUGAUGGGGGCAGGCAGGUGCUCUAUGUUCCCGAGGGCUCGUACAAGGGAUGGAUUCCCCGAGCUCUGUACACAUUUGAUUUGGACGAGCUGUACCUUCCUUUCCUGAAGCUCCUGUCUUUCCCAGUAGGACAUCAUGCCCUAGGUACACUGAAGGAUAUGUUGGUGUUCCAGGCCAUUGGGAAUUACCUAAUCAAAUUGCCUUCCUCAUUUGCUGAAUGUACAAAGCUGGUGCAUCUGAACCUAGGAUUUAACCAUUUUGUUGAAAUUCCUCAUGCUAUAUACAGCCUGGUGAAUCUUGAGGAGUUGGACUUGGCAGAGAAUGACAUUCAAUCAAUGUCUGAAGACAUCGGUAAUCUUGGAAACCUGCGUGUAUUGAACCUCAGUGGAAACAACCUACAAAAUGUCCCAGUGCAAUUAUAUAGAUGUAAGAAAAUUCAGAGACUAUACAUGUCUGGCAAGUUUUACCCCAGAGGACAGCUAAAGAUUGUUCCAGAGGGGGUGUAUCGCCUCUCUGAACUGCUGGAACUGGACAUGAGUUGGCAGUCUAUAGAAACUAUACCAGAUGGAAUUGGUAAUCUCCACAAGUUGAGAAGUUUCAAUCUGAAGGGCAACAGCCUUAUCUAUGUAUCAAAAGACAUUCAGUAUUGUAGGAAACUUCACACACUUAAUCUUACUGGAGCGCUAAGGUAUUGCUCAGUUGUACCCAGUGCAAUAUUCAUGAUUGAGGAGCUUCAGUGUCUGUAUCUAAGUGGCAACUAUUUUACUGAGAUCCCCAGUGAGGUAUGUGGUUUGAAGAAACUCAAAACACUGCAUAUCCAGAGGAAUGCAUUGUUAAGACUCCCUGAAGAACUUUUUAAUUUAAAGAACCUAGAGCAUAUAGACCUAAGUGAGAAUUACAUAGACAAUAUUCCUCCUGGUAUAUCUAAGCUACAUAGGCUGUUCUACCUUGGUCUUGAAAGAAACAAAUUAACUUCGAUUCCAAAAGAGUUGUGCAAUUGUAGGAGCCUGCAACAUCUGUUGCUGGGUUCAAAUCAGCUGACCAAUAUUCCUGAGAAAAUCUGCAAGUUGAUGAACCUGACAGAGCUGACCCUUGAUAACAACCAACUCACUGAGAUUCCUCUGUUGUUGGACAACCUGCAGGGGCUGCUGCAGUCAGGAGUUUUGUAUCUGUACAACAACAACCUGAAGAAACCACCACAGGCAAUCUGUGAUCAAGGAGUUGUCCCACUCUUUCAUUUCUUGAAAGAGUUAAGGAUCAGUGAGGCUAAGCACAGAAGAAAGAUGAUACUCAUUGGAGCAGUGAAAGCAGGGAAAACAAGUUUGAAACACGCGCUGGUUCUGGGUCAUUCCAAGCUGACCCUAGAGCAUGAACGGACAUGGGUACUUGAACGACAUUUAUGGGAACCUGAGUCACAGCUGAGAGUUCAGAUUCUGGACUUUGGUGGACAUCAUAUCUAUUCGGCAGCGCACCACAUGUUUCUUACGCCAGAAGCCUUACAUGUUCUGGUCUUUGAUUUUACUAAGUACAACAUGGACUUGUAUGAUGCAUUGAUUGGGGACUGGCUGGAUGCUAUCAUGGACAGAGCACCUGGGGCAACCAUCAUGGCAGCAGGAACUCAUGCUGAUCUGUGCAGUGAUGAAGACAUCAAUGACAAAACUGAAGAUAUCCUGCGGAAGAUGCAUCGAGAUGAGAAUGCAAAGAUUGAAGAGCUGACACAGGAGAUUGAGAAGAUGAGGAAGAUCCUUGAGAAGCCUGAAGUCAAGGAUGGAGGAGGAGGAAAGUUCAGUGAUAUUGGAAUUGAACGUCUUCAGGAAAAGAUGUACCAUAUGCAGAAGAUGCUGAACACCAGGUCCAAGCUGCCAAGUUGUAUCUUUGCUGUCAGCUGUGCUGAAGAUUUACUAGGUAUGGAAGGAUUUAAAGAAAAUCUCAUAACUCGGUUGAAGGAGACUGAAGAGAAACCUUUACCUGAAUCUUGGCACAAGUUCCUUUUGUCUAUUCAAAAUCAUCCAGAUAGGAUUUUGCCCUUAGAAGAAGCUCUGGACAAAUUCAUGAACAUCAUGUCUUCUUUGAAUCAGUCAAUGAUAAGCCUAGGAGGCUCACCUGAUCUCAGUCUAGGCAUGGUCCUCAAGUACCUCCAUUCCACAGGGGAGAUUGUUUGGUACCAUGAAAAUCAGAAGCUCAAAAGUAUAGUCUUUCAUCGACCAGAAACACUGAUUGAAAUGCUGAGGGCAGUAUUUAGACAUGACUUUGAAGAAAUAGUCGUCUAUGUUGAGGAACAUGGCAAAGCUGCAGGUCUGUCACCGAACAAAUUUGAUAUUCUUAAACAAGACUUUAUCAGAAAGGGUUUAAUGGCAUAUGAACUUCUCCACUACACACUGUGUCAUUUCCAGCUGUCUGCUGAUGCACUAGAUACCUUUGUGUCACUGAUGCUUAAGUUUGAACUUUGCUAUGAGGUUCCUAAAUCACCUUCUGCACCCUCCUUGAUUGGGUCCUCCCGGAUUCUCCAGUUCCCUUGGUUUUUCCCAGCAGAGGUUCCAGAUUCGCUUGCUACAAGAUGGCCAGCAGUCACGCCGCCUAACCAGUUUGAACUUCGUUACACCUUGUCCUUCCCGAGCAAAGGUCCACCUUACUUCUUUGAAAAGUUCUCUGUACGACUUCAGACCCAUGUUUCCGAUCGCAUCAACUGGAAGUUUGGCAUUCUUGCGCGGAAAAAUCUCAGCAGGUUGUUGAUACGUAAAGAGCGAAUCUUUGAGCAGGAUGUGGUUACCUUGGCCUUCAGGGGGACUGACCUUCAGGAGCUGUGGCAGCUUGUGAUACAGACACGGUCCGAUCUGCUUGGUCUCCUCCAGGAGUGGCCAUUCAUCCGGUUUGAGCUGCUGCUGGUGUGCUCCCACUGUAUCCUCAAGAACUGUGAUGAUCCCUACCUGUUCCCAGGAGAGGUCCUGGAGUUCACAGUGCCCAAGGACACUGUGUGGGAGAACUGGUGCCGAAAACACGAGGAUGAACUGAUGCCGGCAUGCUUUGUCUACCCUCUUGAUCCAGACUACCAGGAUGACCUGCCUCGUCACAUGCAGGCUGCUACAGAGUUCCUGCAGAACUGUGGUGAUACAGUGGAUGGGGGAGGUUUACUGUCUGAUGCUGGCCUGGGCUACAUUGCAUCUCGUCUGGGCUUUGAAUGGACACUGAUAGCCCUACAACUUGGUCUGAGUCAGGCUCAGAUUGAACAGAUCCAGAUGAAGCACCCACAGAGGCCCUACCACCAGAUACACGAGGCUUUGUCCACAUGGAGGAAUAGGGAGAACGUGGGCAGUGUGGAGGACAGGCUGGCCCAGCUGCUCACUGUGCUGGAGAGCGAGGAGAUCGGCCGCAAUGACUUAGCUGAGACUCUCAGAGAACGUUUUCAUCUAUGAACUCCACAAUGGCUAGAAUAGAAACAAUCUCCUCAAGUCGUCUGUUGUACUAGGAUCGCAAUACUUAUCCGGGUUUCUGUUACAAGGAUAAGGAGAUAACAGUAUUCCUCAUAAUCCUAGAUUUGAUAGAGUUUUAUGCCAAACUAGCAUGUAUCACUGCCCUGAUGAAAGUUCUGUGAGACUG